GAAGAAGAAAACGAAGAAGAAGAAGAAGAACUGUAGCUGUGAUAACCCGUGUUGCUCACUGUAGGAGACAGACAAUAAAACAUCAAAAUGCUUCCCUUGUCUCUGUUGAAAACUGCCCAGAAUCAUCCCAUGUUGGUUGAGCUUAAGAAUGGGGAAACCUACAACGGUCACCUGGUGAGCUGUGAUAACUGGAUGAAUAUCAACCUGAGAGAAGUCAUCUGCACUUCCAGGGAUGGAGACAAGUUCUGGAGGAUGCCUGAGUGCUACAUCAGAGGAAGUACAAUCAAGUACUUGCGGAUCCCCGAUGAGAUCAUCGACAUGGUGAAGGAGGAGGUGGUGUCAAAGGGGCGCGGCCGUGGCGGCGCCCAGCAGAAUAAACAGCAGGGCAAAGGAAGAGGAGGACCCGGCCGAGGUGUGUUUGGCGGCCGUGGCAGGGGGAUGUCUGGGCCUGGCCGGGGCCAGCAGCAGCCGUCCGAUAAGAAACCAGGCAAACCGCAGGGAAUGAAGAACCAACACUGACAAACAGUCCUUCACUUCUGACAACACCCUGUUAACUAAGGGCUUCCUGCUUUAUACAGGAAGAUACGAUUAAUCCUCCACUUUUUUGUUUUUGCUGUGAUGGUUGUAGAACACAGUUCUCAAAGAAAAGCUGUGCUGAUUGCACAGAUAGUUUUUUUUAAUUAGUCAACAACAGUUUAUCAUUGAUAGUUGGCAAUCUCACCUUUUGCAACUUUUCAGACCACAGAGGAUUGUGUUGCUGUGUUGUCAACAAUUUAGGUUUCAGCUUUUUUGAUGGUAGUUUAUUCAGGAAUAGUUUUCAUUAUGUAGAAAAUGUCCAGUCCCUAACUCUGUUGGAAGAUUUUUUUUUUUUUAAUGUUUUUAUGUACUUUACUUGGAAACUUAUUUUUUUUUCUACUGUACGUGUCAUGAUCAGAGCAGUUAAAAUAGACUGACGUCUGAGAAUGUUCA